AUGUCUCGCGUGCGAGAAGAGACGGGUGACAAUGUUGAAGACGCAUUCUUGGAAACAGCAAGGAAAAUCUACCAAAAUGUCAAGGAUGGCAGCAUCGAUCUGAAUGCAGCGGACACGGGUGUACAACCAAAACAGAAUUUGCCACGUGCGGCGGCUAGUGCAGGACAAGAGAAGAAGGACUGCAAUUGUUAA